AUGUUUAUAACUCUUUUACAACUUCAUCCAAACGAGGUCGUUUUCACUUCCCCAUUACCCCUUCCCGGAGAUACCCAACAAUUCCGAUUAAACGCCGACCAAUUGUUAAUCGACCUGCACUUGAACGAUCUGCGCUUCAACGAUGAUUCGGCAGACUUCAUUGACUGCAACAACGACCGAUCUGGCAAGUUCUCAACGGCGUCAUCUCAGAGCCGGCGACUCUUGGUCGCCUAUGAUACGGAGAAUUCUGACGAGCUGAGCAGGCAACUCGUCUCCAACCUCGAGGCGAGCUCAAUCGAGGAUCAAAAGCAAGCGGCGAUGGAGAUCAGGCUCCUCGCCAAGAACAAGUCCGAGAACCGAAUCAAGAUCGCUCGCACCGGUGCGAUCAAGCCGUUGAUUUCGCUGAUCUCAUCGCCCGAUCCUCAGCUUUAA